AUGCUUUCCCUGAGUAUCUUCUAUCAGGAAUUGUCAGAAGAUAAGGAAGAAGAUAAGAUGCAGAACAGCUCCAUCACAUUCAGGUUGCACAACUUACAGCUUCCCUUUUCCAGCACCUGGAAAUAUGGGAUCCUGGCAUUAGCCAUCCUCUUGCUCCUGGGGGCCUUGACCGUCCUGGCUUACCAGAUGUGCCAGCUUCAGAAACACAGCUGGACUGGGAAAAAGAAGAAAUACAGCAGUGAAGACGGGGUGAAGAUGAGGGCACAGAAUGGCCUGUGGGGGAAGAAGAUGCCGCCUCUUCUGCUUGACAGCGGCCAGCAGAGUGACGUGGAUAUGGAGAUGGCGGAGCUGGGAGCAGCACUGGAGGCACCCCAUCCCUGCCUCUCCUGCAGCAUCACUGAAGACCCAAGCAGUGACCCGAGCCCCCUGCCCAGCUCCCAGGGCAGUCUGAAGUUCUCCCUCCUGUACCGCAGGGAGCAAUGCGAGUUGCUGGUGAGCGGCCUGGAGGUGCGGGGCCUGCCCAGCCGCAGGCACACUGAGGUGGCCGUCUGGCUCCGACUGCUGCAGCGGGUCCCAUCCCACACCCCUGGGCUCCAGUGUGUGGUCCAGGAGUGGCAGAGCCGGGCGGUGAAGAACUGCAAUGGGACGACCUUUGGGGAGCACUUUGUCUGCUCCCUGCAGGAUGCUGAGAUGGAGAGGAGCACCCUGAAGAUGGAGGUCCAACAUUUUGACAAAUACUCCAGGAAUGCCACACUAGGGGAAGUCAGGGUUGCCCUGAGCCAGCUGAAGGCUUCCCAGAACUUAGUUUUUUGUGCAGAACUGCAGAAGGCCACAAAGGACGUCGUGGGAGAGGUGCUGCUGUCUCUGAGGUGCCUGCCCAUAUCCCAGAGGAUGGAGGUUGGGCUGCUCAAGGCAAAAACCUACCCCCCUUGCAGUGCUGCAGAAAAGAGUAUAUACGCAAGAAUAGAUGUUUCCUGCAGACGCCACAGGCAGAAGCACCAGAAAUCCAGGCCGCAGGCACACACUUCACUCGUCAUUUUCAAUGAGACCUUCCUGUUCCCCAUGCCCCAAGCUGCAGCGUGGGACAGCUCUGUGCUCGUCUCCCUUUAUGAAGUGGGCCCUGAGCCCAGGCACCUCAUCGGGCAGGCCACUGUGGGUAGGAACAUGGCAAGGGAGGCAGCUGACCACUGGGACCUCAUGGCCAAGUCCAUCCAGCAGCCUGUAGCCCAGUGGCAUCCUCUCCUCAUUUAG